AUGAUACUGGUUCGAAUUCGAUGUGGACUUUUGUUAGAAGAUAUGGCUGUUCGAUUUAAUAUGUCGACAAGUCACAUAAGCAGAAUAUUGAUUACAUGGACAGAUUUUUUACAUUCACAAUUCCGUAUGCUUCCAAUAUGGGCUUCAAAAGAAACAGUACAAAAUAGAAUGCCGAAAUGUUUUCAAAAAAGUUACCCAAAUACCCGUGUCAUAUUAGAUUGUACAGAAGUAUUUGUGGAAAUGCCUACGUCAUAUCGCACACAGUCCAGUACCUUUUCAAAUUACAAACACCAUAAUACAGCAAAAGGAUUAGUCGGAAUAGCUCCUGAUGGAUCAGUGACAUUUGUCUCUGAUUUGUAUGGUGGACGCUUUUCGGAUAAACGAAUAACAAAAGAUAGUGGUAUAUACGAUUUGCUAGAGCCUGGGGAUUCUGUGAUGGCUGAUAGAGGAUUUGAGCUCGAGGAAGAUUUACCUGAUGGAGUAACAUUAAAUAUUCCACCAUUUUUAGAUGGAAAACCUCAGCUAAGUUUAUUAGAGGAAAACGAAACUAGAAGAAUAGCAUCUGUACGUGUACAUGUCGAACGAGCAAUCGAACUUAUAAAAAAUUACCGAAUUUUACAAACAGUUUUCAAACUAUCAAUGGCUGCUGAACUCAAUAAGAUAUGGGUUAUUUGUUGUUAUUUAGUUAAUUUUUUACCACAGUUGGUACCAGAUCCUGAUGUGUUUAUAAACAAGGUUGAAAAAACGAGUAGUGUAUCUGGCACUUUAAACAAAGCCACUAAAAAAUACAAUGGAAUGACGUAA